ACUGUCCUACUGGCACUGAAGACCACCUUCUCCUGCCCGGCCAUGUGGGAGGCACGCUCAUCCUCCUUCUGGAGGGCUAUCUUUGCUGAGUUCUUUGGCACAUUGAUCUAUGUACUUUUUGGGCUGGGGGCCUCGUUGCGUUCGAUCAUGGGCCCCUUGAACAUUUUGCAAGUGGCCCUGGCCUUUGGUUUAGUGGCAGCCACUAUGGUGCAGUCUAUUGGCCACGUGAGUGGGGCCCACAUCAACCCAGCUGUCACCGUGGCCUUCUUGCUGAGCGCUCAACUUUCCAUCUUCCGUGCUGUCUUCUAUGUGGCUGCCCAGGUGCUGGGAGGAGUGGCCGGUGCGGCUGUGCUUUAUGGAAUUACGCCAGUGGCAAUGAGGGGUAACUUGGCCCUCAACACGAUACACCCCAGUGUAAAUGUAAGCCAGGCCACUGUCGUGGAGAUCUUCCUGACCCUGCAGUUUGUCCUCUGCAUCUUCGCUACUUAUGACGAGAGACAUGACGGGCGCAUGGGAUCUGUGGCACUGGCUGUGGGACUCUCCCUCACUCUUGGACACCUCUUUGGGAUGCACUACACUGGAGUUGGCAUGAACCCCGCUCGUUCCUUUGCACCAGCUAUCAUCACCCGUAACUUCGUCAACCACUGGGUGUUUUGGGUUGGACCAGUCAUUGGUGGUGUGCUGGGUGGCUUCUUGUAUGACUUCAUCCUCUGCCCUCGGAGGCGCGGAAUCUCAGAGCGCUUGUCUAUCCUCAAAGGAGAACACCAAAUUGAAACCCGUGCACCCCCAGAACCUCCUGGAGAACCUGUUGAGCUGACAACGCAAGCAUUAUAAAAAUUGUGAUUCAGUCUCUAUCUCAAAAGAAAAGCAACCCCCUACA